AUGGAAAGUGAAGCAGCUAACCUUCAACGUUACCUCGAUGAUGGAGUAUCAAUGAUCAGUGGGUCAUCGGCGGAGGAAGUGGAAAGACGAAUCAUUACGGACGUGACUCGGACCGAAACUCGGACGACGACCAUUCGCGAUGCUUACGGAGACGAAGCAGGAGUCCCGGGUGGAGCCGUCUAUCAGACCACUUCAACCACAACCACUUAUCCAACUCAACAACAACAACAUUCUGCUCAGUUUAUUGUCCAUAAUCCAAUCGAAACCGAAGCUGAGCAAUACGCUACGACCACUUCUGAUCACUUUAUGCGAGCUGGUUCGGCUGGCGGUAUCUCAGGCGAUUACCACUCGAGAUCUCAGCAUAUGGUAUGUGUUCGGGUGUUUCAUUAUUCAGAAACUCCUCUACUAGCAAUCUUUAUUCACCAUCGAAUUAUGAAUUGUUGA